AUGAGCUGUCGUAACUGUGGGACCAGCACGACCCCCCUCUGGAGACGGGACGAAGAAGGCAGACCUCAAUGUAAUGCUUGUGGCCUGUAUCACAAGCUUCAUGGUGUCCCGAGACCCGUGGCGAUGAAAAAGACUGUCAUCAAACGACGGAAGCGU